CGGGUCAGAUUUUUUUCAAAGAAAUCCGGUCAUAAGUAUGACAAGGAUCCCGCCACCGUUUGUUCUACUGCUGUCAACUCCGGAAUACGUAGUAUCAGCGCUCGCCUGGCUUCCAGGAUGAGUGUUGAGGCCAUUAUCAGGGCGAUACGACGUCGCGGGAUAGUGCACAGGCUAUACCUUGGAAACAGUUCCUUAGGCGAUUCCGGAUGUGUGCGAUUGUUCGAUUUUUUGAAUUCUCCGGCUGGUCGUCCGUGUCGGGAGAGUUUAACGGAACUCUUCCUUACUCAGAACGACAUCGGACCUAAAGGGCUACUUGCCAUAGCUGAAUUUCUGAGAAACAAUGUCGUUUUGAGAGAGUUGUGUUUGUCAGGAAACCCUCUGACCAAGAAUGCUGACGUUAUCAGAGAGUUCGUCACAUCUCUCAAUUCGUCUCGCCUAUGUACCUUGCAGUUGCUCCACAGUAGUUCCUUGUCGGAUCCUUUCGUACAGGCGUUCCUCCCAAGGCUGACUACGCCGUAUCUGCGACAAUUGGAUAUGUCAGCCAUCAACAUGACGCGAGCCGCCGUACCUAUCAUUGUUGACUACGUCAAAUCGCCUCGAUGCCGCCUUGAACGUUUACAGUGCAACGCGAAUAGCUUGUCAUUGCCCGGAGCUCGCUCUAUUAUCGAUGCCAUCGAGAAAUUCAACUACACUCUAGGGAAAGUGAACGUCGAUGACCAGCACAUGGACGAGGACGGUGGUGAUGCGGAGGAGAGGGCUAUUGCUUGGCAAGAAAGCUGGCGUAUCCUUUCCAGCGCUACUCAUCGCAAUUCGGUGUCCAAAAUGACGGUAAAAAUGCAGGCUAUAAUGCUUUUGCGUUAUUGCCGCACCCUUUAUCUGCGUUCAGGACAGCGAGCAGGUCUAGAUCCACUACAAUCCGUCUUGGGUCCGAGCUCCAAGGUCUCCCGCCGCCAGAAGCCUUGCCUAUUUUUCAAAUUACCUCUUGAAAUACAACUGGAGAUCUUCGCGUCCCUUGCACCAGCCCUUUCUUAUCAGCAGCUCAUACGCGUUGUUCGUUACGCAACUGACAUCAGGACCCUACCAUGCGUCAGUCACGGGCCUAUGGUAAAACACGGUAGCGAUAGAAGUAAAACCAUCAUUGCCCGAGACCCGGUCUCAGCCGCUGAACGAAGACCAUUGGAAGGGUCUUGGAGACCGCCAGGGUGGUGGGAGUGUCAAUGUACCUCCUUUGAACGAGCGUAUUGCAGUGCUCUACGUAGAUGGAGGAGAGAAAGAAGAGACAUAUGGCUGACGGAGGUUGGUUGCGACACCUGGGAAGGCGGAGAUUAACACUGAUGACGUCUGAAACGAACGGACAAACGGACGAGGACAUUUCUCUUCAUAUUUUCUUGUCUCACGCCCACCGACAGUUAAUGAUAAUGCAUAUUAGCUAGUAUGUCGUAGCUCCCGGAGGUGUACUUCAGUGUUUGCUGUUGUCCGGUUAUACAGUCGCA